AAGGGAGAAUUUGGGCCGAGAAAUGAAGAAGAAGAGUAGGUGAGAAUCGCUAUUUGAAUUCCUUUGCCGACGAUUUUACGACGUCGUCUCAACUUCGUAUCCACGAAGAAAUCGGAAGCUUGUUUUUAGGUUUUUGUUGUUUAGGAUCGAUCGAUCGAUCAAUUAUCCGAUUUCCAAACUCUACCCGCCGCCGCAUCAGGAAAAUCAUGCCGGACGCCAAAAUUGCGCCGUCGAUGCUUUCCUCAGACUUCGCUAAUUUGGCCUCCGAGGCUCAACGCAUGAUCCAAUACGGCGCCGAUUGGCUCCACAUGGACAUCAUGGACGGGCACUUUGUCCCCAACCUCACCAUUGGAGCUCCUGUUAUCCAGAGUCUUAGAAAGCAUACAAAGGCAUAUUUAGAUUGUCACCUUAUGGUGACAAAUCCCCUUGACUAUGUAGAGCCAUUAGGGAAAGCUGGUGCUUCAGGUUUUACAUUUCACGUGGAGGUGUCAAAAGAUAACUGGCCAGAGCUUGUGAAGAAUAUAAAGUCUCAAGGUAUGAAACCUGGUGUGGCACUAAAGCCUGGAACUCCUGUUGAAGAAGUAUAUCCACUGCUUGAUGGUGAGAAUCCUGUGGAGAUGGUUCUUGUAAUGACGGUUGAACCUGGAUUCGGCGGGCAGAAGUUCAUGAUGGAAACUAUGGAUAAGGUGAGUACACUGAGGAAGAAGUAUCCAUCUCUCGAUAUAGAGGUGGAUGGAGGAUUAGGACCUUCAACCAUUGGUGCGGCAGCUUCAGCCGGAGCUAACUGUAUCGUAGCUGGAAGCUCGGUGUUCGGAGCUGAUGAGCCUGACCAAGUUAUAUCUCUUUUGAGAAAGCACGUUCAGGAAGCCCAGUGAACUGAAACAAUCAAAUUAUGUAUGGUAUUUUACUUUUCAAUUUUGUGCUUUUUGAGUGUCAGUUGAAAUAAGCAUGAAUCAUGAUCAUCAUUUGUGAAAGGAUUAUUUAAAUGAUUCAGUUUUUUAUUUUUGUCUAUUUAUUGGA